UUUCUUUAGGUGACCAAAUAAAACGCCUGCUUUUUAAAGCGCCCUCCUCCCAAUAAAAUGCUCAGAAAGCGGCUUUAGGUUCAGUUAUUUUCCUCAGCGAGCGAAGUAGCUCUUUUUUGUUGUCUAAGUGAAUAUGUGAGUAUAGUGGUGGUACAGAGACAAUGAAGAUAGGCAAUUUCUUGGGCGACUUACGUUUCAUUUCUAGAAAAUUCUAGUCCCCCGCGCCCGAGACUGGGGGCCACGGGGGUAGACUGUGAGGGAAGAGUAGGAGGAGUCUCUCGGGUGUGGGCAAAGGGGAAGGCCAGCGCGGCGGGAGAGGCAGCCGCGAGCGAAAGCUGACAAGGGGGCGGGGCAGGAGCGCGCGCGCGAGAGGCGAUGAACUGAACUAAACUACGCGUGACAGACAGCGGGACCCCGAGCGAGCAAGAGGUCGAGUGGCUGGGAACUUUCGUUACUCCCCUUGGAGGGAAGCUCCGGUGGUAACAGCUACCACAGUAGCGACAAGCGGUGCGGUUGUGGUGAGGGAACGCGGGGGUAAAACGCAGCGAACUAUGGACCUACGGAAACUGAACGAGCUCCGGGCCUUCGUGAAACUCUGCAAGGAGAAUCCGGCCGUCCUGCACACUGAGGAGUUGCACUUCUUCCGCGAGUGGGUGGAGGGUAUGGGAGGUACGAUACCACCGGCUCCAUGCAACACCUCUGCGGAAGGAGCUGCGGAAGGAGCUGCGGAAGGAGCUCAUGAGGCAAAAGCAGAAGAAAAGAAGCCAGAAGAACCACCAAAGCCAUCAGAACCUGCGAGUGAAGAGAGUGAUGUGGAAAUUGAUAAUGAAGGAGUGAUUGAACCAGACAGUGAUGAACCUCAAGCAAUGGGAGAUGAAAGUGUUGAGGUAACGGAAGAGAUGAUGGACCAGGCCAAUGAAAAGAAAAUGGAAGCUAUUAACGCACUAGGUGAAGGUGAGCUUCAGAAAGCCAUGGAUUUGUUCACCGAAGCUAUCAAGUUGAAUCCUCAACUGGCUAUCCUGUAUGCCAAACGAGCCAGUGUCUUUGUGAAAAUGCAGAAGCCAAAUGCUGCAAUCAGAGAUUGUGAUAGAGCCAUUCAGAUUAACCCUGAUUCAGCACAGCCCUACAAAUGGCGAGGAAAAGCCCAUAGGCUGUUGGGUCACUGGGAGGAGUCUGCACAUGACCUGGCAUUAGCUUGUAAACUGGAUUAUGAUGAAGAAGCUAGUGCCAUGCUGAAGGAGGUGCAGCCCAGAGCUCAGAAGAUUGUGGAACAUAGGAGAAAAUAUGAAAGAAAGCGUGAAGAAAAAGAAAUAAGGGAAAGGAUGGAAAGAGUAAAGAAAGCCCGAGAGGAACAUGAGAGAGCUCAAAGGGAGGAAGAGGCUCGACGACAGUCAGGAGGACCUCAGUUUGGUGGCUUUCCAGGUAAUUUUCCUGGUGGAAUGCCUGGUGGCAUGCCUGGAAUGGGGGGCAUGCCUGGUCUCAAUGAAAUUCUGAGUGACCCUGAAGUUCUUGCAGCCAUGCAGGAUCCAGAAGUCAUGGCAGCUUUCCAAGAUGUUGCCCAGAACCCAGCAAACAUGUCAAAGUACCAGAACAACCCCAAAGUCAUGAAUCUCAUUGGCAAACUAUCAGCCAAAUUUGGAAGUCAACCAUAAAAUCCCCUUUCAUUGCAAGAGGUGGGGAAAAUAUUGGUCACACUGUAUGUUGCAAUAAUGCAAACCAUUGUACAUCUGAUUCUCAAAAAAGAACUAGAGUGCUCUGGAACGAAUCACUUUUUGUCCUCCCUCCAUGCUUCAGAAAUGAAUAGCAGUCAGUUUAUAAUUGUAUACAGGUUUUAUUUCAAAAAACCCAUUUUCCCCUCAUCGCUUUUGCCCCAGGUGUUUGUCUUACUCAACAGUAGUGCAGUUUACUUUUUAAAUUGUGAUCUUCCAGUAGAUUGUACCAAAUUGUAUUGGGGAGGGGUGUUUGGGGGUGGUCUUUUUUUAAUAAUAGCAUUGGGUUUCUGCUUCCCAGUAACUGGACUCUUGUAAGAACUUAUAACAAUUCUUGUUCUAACAUAAGGUGGUAAGGCUCAGUAUUUUUAUUUAACUGGAAGGAAUAGUACAUAAUUCACAUUCAUUUUUAUAUGCACAAGGGUGACUUAAAUAAUUACAAUCAGAUUCUUCACAGAUCAGAUCCCUGUAGCAGUGAGUUUGGCUUUUAAUAUGUUGGUACAAAUGCUGUUGAGGCUGGACUUCUUGUUAGUCAUCUCUGUCAAGGUGUGUAGGGGACAAAUGUUUUUAUUAACAUUAAUAAGCUUAUUAACUUGAAAGGUUAUGAGGCUUUCUAUUAUUUCUACUGAUUUGAUUAUUGAACAUUAUUGCUUGGUUUAAUUUUUUAAUAUUGUGGGAAGAAAACAAAUUGGUUGCCACCACCAUCUUGCAUUCAUUGUUUAAACAAUUCAGAAUACAGAUAUACAGUAUUGAUCUAUAAACUGGUGACGUUCUGGAUUCUCAUGUUAUGAAAGCCCUAAUAAACUUACAUAUAUUUUGCCAGGACCUUAAAAUUUGGUAUUGUUGGUUCCAUUCGUGCAGCUGAGUACUUUCCUAUUUCCAGAUACCCCAGUUUUGAGUCUCUAAAACUUUUUUCUUUUUGUUAUACUAUCAUAUACUUCUAGGGGUUGUGUUUGGAAUGGAGAGAAGGAAAGUCUGUGCUGGAAUGGCAAAUCUUCUAUAUAAAUACAGCAUGUGUAUUCAUUGAACACCUUGCUGAAAUGUUCAUAAGUAAUACAAUUAAAUCUGUUUUUGUCUAUACUAAAAUUUUGAUUCCUUCUCUUAAUGUUGGAAACUUUAUUAUAAUUAGGUCUUGGUCUCUUUCAGGGCUUUUGAAUGUUUCCUAUUUUGUGCUCUUGUAAUUUUGUCAAUCCAUGAGUGAUGUAUGUUUUCUGUUUAAUUAAAUCCGGACUUGUUUAGGAACUCACUUCUAAAAAUGAAAUUCAGGAAGAGUUUUUUCUUCAUAUGCUAAUUACCUUGUCAAAUGAAAAAAGAUAAAUCCAUUUUUGCUUAUGAAAUAGUUCUGAAAAUUCUUCUAGUUGCCUUUAAAAAUAAUAAAAGACUGGUUUUGAAUAA